AUGGAGUUAACGGAAGCUAUCAAUAGACUUCGAACAUACGUUCCUCCGCCAACGGCAUAUGGAGACGUCCCGCUCAGUAGACGAGCUGCAGUAUUGAUACUGCUGUAUGCCGAUCCUAAUGGCGAGCUGCGAGUUGUGAUUACGAUCCGGGCCAAGACAUUGAGUUCGUAUGCAGGCGAAGCUGCUUUACCAGGAGGAAAAGCAGAUACACUAGACGAAACGCCAUUCCAGACCGCACGCCGCGAAGCAUGGGAAGAAAUCGGCUUAUCCGAUAUCGACCAGCCACUGCCGGCACCAUUUACUGUCGAGCACCUCUGCGAGUUGCCGGCAAAUCUUGCCAAAACGGAACUGGUUGUGCGGCCCUGCGUCGCAUUACUGCACUCAUUUGACGAGGCGACGGGCGCGAAUGCAGACCCUGAGAUCUCGCUAAUUCCUAAGCUAGAUGCGCGUGAAGUUGCGGCUGUGUUUACGGCGAGAUUUGAGGACUUUUUGCGCUUGAAUAUUGAGCAUGAUGAUGAUAAGCACAAGCACCGGGGUCAAGGUGUUGACAAGGAUAAGCAUGCGGAUCCGGGGCAGUGGUAUCGCGGGUCGUGGAGUUUGUGGCACCAUUCCAACUGGCGCAUGCACCAUUUCUUUGUCCCGGUCAACGAGCGAGUGGUCAAGCCUCGGGGUGGGGGUCAAAGUCCGUCACAACAACGGGCGGUGGAGGAGCUAGAAGCGCAGGAACAGAGUGGGCUAGUGCAGCGAUAUCGCGUGUUCGGAAUGACCGCGCGAAUCAUCGUGGACGCAGCGCGAGUGGCGUAUGGGCGUGAACCUGAGUUCGAGCAUAAUAGCCACUUUGGGGAUGAAGCGAUGAUCGCCCAAUUGCGGCGAAUGGGUCGAUUGAGCGCCCGACGCCAACCCUCGGACGAACUGACCCGCGAAAUGAUGGAGCGGGCAGCUAAACUCAGUUAG